AAACAACAGCUAAGUCUGGAUCGGAAUUGUUUGUAAAGUCCAGUGCAAAUCUAAUUGUGUGUAUACCAUACUGUGUGUCUUUUCAGACUUCAAUUCGGUAGCAUAUAACGAUUUUUCAUCGGAAACAGAUAUUUUCACUUCAACAGUCAACAUUUCCAGAACUAGAACAAUUAGUAGAUUCUGUAGAUGUCGCUGACUUUAAGGAAAAGAGGGCCAAAAAAGGGCCAGAACGCCGUUGGCAAUUCUGCUGCCCAAGAAGAUGACGACUUAAAGAAGCUCCGCGAGUUGGAAGAAGAAGCUCGUGGAUUCAAAGAGCCAGAGUACAAGUACCAAGUAGCUCUUGCAGCCAUCACCAUAUUGGCCGCAUACACUCGUUUCUAUCACAUUAGCAUACCCGACAAAGUUGUGUUUGACGAAGUCCAUUUCGGUAAGUUUGCCUCGUAUUACUUGGAAAGAACGUACUUCUUUGAUUUGCACCCUCCUUUUGCCAAGUUGCUUAUAGCCUUUGCUGGUUGGUUGAUUCGUUACGAUGGUGCCUUUAAGUUCGAGAACAUUGGCGACUCCUACAUCACCAACAAAGUGCCCUACAUUCCCUUGAGAGCACUUCUGGCUAUUCAGGGUACGCUUACAGUACCUGUGAUGUUUUUGACAAUGAAGACGUUGGGAUUUUCUGUUGCUGGCUGUCUUUUCGCAGCUCUCAUAGUCUGUUUCGACAAUGCCCAUGUAGCUGAUUCUAGAUUAAUUCUCUUGGAUGCCACUUUGAUCUUCGCUGUUGCCUUGACUAUUUAUGCGUACUCCAAGUUCCUGACAUACAGAAAGCAGCCCUUCUCCCAGAAGUGGUGGACAUGGUUGACAGCUACUGGAGUGAGUUUAUCUUUGGUUAUUUCUACAAAAUAUGUAGGUGUGUUCACUUAUGUGACGAUCGGCAUUGCUGUAAUCCACGAGUUGUGGAUUUUGUUGGAUUAUCAGAAGGGAUUGACAAUUCCUGAGUUUUCGAAGCAUUUUGCAGCCAGAUUGUGGUCAUUGAUCAUCAUGCCCUUCAUUAUCUACUUGUUCUGGUUUUACGUGCAUUUUGCCAUUUUGACCAAAUCUGGCCCUGGUGACAAUUUCAUGUCAGCUGAGUUCCAGGAAACUUUGCUCGAAUCCCCUAUGGCUAAAUUGUCCAAGAACGUUCACUAUAACGAUCUUAUCACCAUAAAACAUAAAGAUACUGACGCUUUCUUGCACUCGCAUUUACACUCAUAUCCAUUGCGUUAUGAGGAUGGAAGAGUCUCGUCCAAUACUCAGCAGGUUACUUGUGUUUUUGACCCAGACAGCAAAGAAGCCGAAGACGUCAACAACCACUGGGAAAUUGUUCCUAGCUCCAAAGACGUCGCAAGAGGUACUGAUGUGUACACCAACGAUGUUGUCAGGUUCAGGCAUGUAGGAACUGGUGGGUAUUUGCUUGCCCAUGAUGUUGCUUCCCCAUUAAAAGCUACACAUGAAGAGUUCACCAUUGCUUACGGCGAAGACGCUGCUGUGACCAAGUUCAACGAGACUCUCUUCAGAUUGAGAUUCGGUGGAUCCGGUUCUACCAAAAACAAAAACAAAAGGAGAGUCAUCAAGACUAAAGGUACACCAUUGCGUAUUAUCCAUGUAGACACCGUAGUGGCCAUGUGGACACACGACGAUGAAGUCUUGCCAGAAUGGGGUUUUGGCCAUCAGGAAGUCUCUGGUAACAAAAAGACGCAAGACUCUGACAACGUCUGGACUAUCGACGACAUUGUAGACAUGGACCCUAUAGAUCCAAGAUCCAAGUAUGUACCCAAGCAAGUCAAGACGUUGUCAUUCUUUAAGAAAUGGUGGGAAUUGCAAGGAUUGAUGUUCAAGCACAACAAUCAGUUGUCUUCUGAACACCCUUUUGCAUCACAGCCCGAAACCUGGCCAUUGGCUUUGUCCGGUGUAUCUUUCUACAACGAUAACGACAACCGUAGACAGAUAUUCUUCACCGGUAAUAUUAUUGGAUUCUGGUUGGAAGUUUGUUUCCUCUCAAUCUAUUUGGGGUUGUUGUUGGCUGAUCAAGUCACUCGUCGUCGUCAUGUAUACAUUUUGAGUGACAGAGCAAGAUCCAAAUUGUACAACACAUUGGGAUUCCUCUUUGCCGGAUGGGGUGCUCAUUUCUUCCCCUUCUUCUUAAUGAAUCGUCAAAAGUUCUUGCACCAUUACUUGCCAGCCCAUUUGUUGGCUGCAUUGUUUUCUGGUGGUUUGGUCGAUUUUAUCUCGAGCAACAAUAUUCGUGAUUCUAACGGUCGCCCUACGGUGUACAACAAGAUCAAGAGCACAGUCAUUGUGACCGGAUGUUCCAUCGGCAUUGUGUGGUUCUUCUUCUACUUCAGACCAAUCACCUACGGUGAUACCACCUUGUCUGUUGAGGAGGUCAAGGCUAGACAAUGGUUGGACAUCAAGUUGCACUACGCCAAGUAGAAGAGCUUUCUUUGGAGGCAUUAUAUAUAUUGAUAUGGACCACUAAUUACACAUUUCUGGUGGAUGAUGAAUUACAGACUUAGUAGAGUAUGUAGUACAGAAUUGAACUUGUACAUUGGCACUUC